UCACACACACUCUCUCUCUCUCUCUCUCUCUCAGUCUCUACUGCUGUAAGAGAAUUCAAAUGGACCCAAUGGACUAUAACUCUGAUGAGGAAUCGGAUUCGGAUAUCAGUGAAUCUGAGAUCAAUGAGUACAAAGAUAAACCAUACGAGCAGUUACGAAGUGGAAAGUUGAAAGUAAAGGGUCCUUAUGGUACUCUCAGAUGCCCCUUUUGUGCUGGGAAGAAGAAACAGGAUUACAAGUACAAGGAUCUGCUGCAACAUUCUUCCGGGGUGGCUAAAGGUUCUGCUAACAGAAGCGCAGUCCAAAAGGCCAAUCACCUUGCGUUAGCAUUGUAUCUGGAGAAGGAGUUAGCAAGUGAAGCUGAUCAUAUACAGCGUCCGGCUCCACCCAAACCUGUUGUUAAUGAUGAGAAGCCAGAAGAUCUUUAUGUGUGGCCUUGGACUGGUGUUGUUGCCAAUAUAUUGUUGAGCCAGCCAAAGGACGGGAAAGAUUUGCUUGACUCUGGAUAUUGGUUGAAUAAAUUUUCCAAGUAUAAACCUGUAGACGUGCAUACUUUCUUUAAUGAAGAGGAACAGGCGGCAGGGGCGGUGGUAUUUUUCAGUAAAGAUUGGAAUGGUUUUGGGAAUGCUACAGAUUUUGAAAAGAUGUUCAUAUCUAAGUCUCACGGCAAAGAGCACUGGAAUGCACGAAAACAGCAUCCUGGUUCAAGCAUUUACGGGUGGUGUGCGCGUUCUGAUGAUUAUGAUUCCCAGGGGCCAGUGGGUGAAUUCCUUCGCAAGAGAGGACAGCUUAAAACGGUAUCGGACAUUGUCCAGGAAGCAGCCCAAAGCAAGAACAGUGUUGUGGAAAAUCUAGCCAAUAAAAUUGAUAAGACAAAUGAAAAUCUGGAUGAACUACGGUACAAGUACAAUGAGGAUGCACUGUCUUUAAGUAGGAUGCUAGAUGAAAAAGAUAGGCUACAUAAUGCGUUUGUUGAAGAAUCAAGAAGGAUGCAGCACAUGUCAAGAGAUAAUGUUCGGAGAAUAUUAGAUGAGCAAGAGAAACUGAACUGUGAGUUGGAGUCAAAGAAAAAGAAACUUGAUUUAUGGAGAAAAGAAUUAAACAAACGCGAAGCUGUAACUGAACGUGAGAGGCAAAAACUUGAUGAGGAUAAAAAGAAGAACGAUGAGAGAAACAAUUCACUUCAAUUAGCUUCAGCGGAGCAGAAAAAGGCGGAUGAGAGUGUCUUGAGGCUGUUUGAACAGCAAAAGAGGGAAAAAGUGGAUGCCUUAGAUAAAAUACUUCAGUUAGAAACACAAUUGAAUGCCAAACAGAAGGUGGAAAUGGAAAUUGAAGAAUUAAAAGGUAAAUUAGAGGUGAUGAAACAUCUUGGGGAUCAAGAUGAUGAUGCUGUUCAAAAGAAGAUGGAAGUCAUGAAACAAGAGUUGGGGGAAAAAAUUGAAGAGCUUGAGGCUUUGGAAUCUCUGAAUCAAACUCUAAUGAUCAAAGAGCGUCAGAGCAAUGAUGAGCUGCAAGAAGCUCGUAAAGAAUUAAUAGCAGGUUUGUCUGAAAUGUUGGUUGGUCAAGCUCAUAUUGGGAUUAAGAGAAUGGGAGAGCUGGAUCAAAAGCCCUUCCUUGACGCAUGCAAAUCAAAAUUUUCUCUUGAGGAAGCACAGGUUCAGGCCUUCACUCUGUGCUCCUUGUGGCAGGAAAACCUGAAAGAUCCAGAUUGGCAUCCUUUCAGGGUAAUAGAGAAAGAAGGGAAAGCUGAGGAAUUGAUAGACGAGGAAGAUGAGAAGCUGCAUAAGCUGAAGGAAGAGUGGGGGCUUGACAUACAUGAUUGCGUUGUUACAGCUUUGAAAGAAAUGAACGAGUAUAAUCCAAGUGGGAGUUGUGUCUGGGCUGAUUAUAUUUGUUAGAUAAUGGGGCUUCAUUCAUGGCACAUAACAGUUUCUCUUAUAGCUGUGGUAGGAUGCGGUGAAGGAUAUUAUUGCUUAAAAAAAUCACACAUGCAUAAGUUUCUUACCAAAAAAAAAAUUCGGGAUACUGUUUAGUUGAAGUCUAUUGCAGCUUUUGUCCUGUGACGGCAAGUGUAGUUGUUUCUGAUGUUUGUGGGUUCCAGUUUGUAUACUAAUAACAACUUUUAUUUAUUUUUUUAGUUGAUUUUUUGUCCGAUGCAAAUUCAAGUUAC